CAGUACAAUGCCAGCCCGGUUGAGCUUCGCGGCGCACGUCACCUCCUCACUUCCCAGCAUUCGUUGCCGGGAAUCCCAGUGGCCCUAAAGCAGCCCAUUGACCUUCGCACAUCCAUGGACGGAAAAUACAAAGAGAUCGCGGAGGAGCUGUUCUCCCGCAGCCUAGCUGAGAGCGAGAUGCGGAGCGCGCCCUACGAGUUCCCCGAGGACAGCCCCAUCGAGCAGCUGGAGGAGCGACGCCAGCGCCUGGAGAGACAGAUCAGCCAGGAUGUCAAGUUCGAGCCAGAUAUUCUGCUGCGAGCGAAACAGGAAUUCAUGAAAACAGACAGCGCUACAGAUCUAGAAUAUUUGAAGGACGAGGACCAGGCGAGUUACUAUCUGGAGAGAGAGCUGAUUCCUGAGAGGGAGUACCAGAGAGUCUCCAUUUCCGGGGAGGAGAAAUGCGGGGUGCCCUUCACAGAUCUGCUGGAUGCAGCCAAGUGUGUGGUGAAGGCUCUGUUCAUCAGGGAGAAAUACAUGGGCGAGUCUCUGCAGAGCUUCUGCCCGACCACCGCCCGCUACCUGCAGGAGCUGAGUGACCGGCCCCUGGGGGCCUGCGAUGAGGACGUCCCAGAAACCACUGCUGACCCCACUCACAUGCACCCGGAACCCGGUUCCAAAGCCCACCCCUACGAGAAACAACACCUGGCCGCCAUGCCCCCGGACGCUGGCUACGGCUGCCAGAUGGUCGAUGGGGUGGUGCACGUGUUCACCUCCCAAGGCACCACGAGCACAGAGCUUGACCUGCCCUAUACGGACCUGCGAGAAUACAUUGCUGAUAUGAACGUGAUGAUGGCCCUCAUCAUCAACGGCCCAGUAAAAUCCUUUUGCUAUCGCCGUCUGCAAUACCUGAGCUCCAAGUUCCAGAUGCACAUCCUGCUGAACGAGAUGAAGGAGCUGGCGGAACAGAAGAAAGUCCCGCACCGAGACUUCUACAACAUCCGCAAGGUGGACACGCACAUCCACGCCUCGUCCUGCAUGAACCAGAAGCACCUGCUGCGCUUCAUCAAGCGGGCCAUGAAGAAGUUCCCCAAGGAGAUCGUCCACGUGGAACAGGGCCGCGGCCAGACCCUCAUGGAGGUCUUCGACAGCAUGAACCUCACCGCCUUCGACCUGAGCGUCGACACGCUGGACAUGCACGCUGACCGCAACACUUUCCAUCGUUUUGACAAAUUCAACGCCAAGUACAACCCUAUCGGCGAGUCCAUCCUGAGGGAGAUCUUCAUAAAAACAGACAAUCACGUGGAGGGGAAAUACUUCGGUCACAUCAUAAAGGAGGUAAUGGCUGACCUGGAGGAGAGCAAGUACCAGAACGUGGAGCUCAGGCUGUCCAUCUACGGCCGGUGCAGAGACGAGUGGGACAAGCUGGCCAAGUGGGCGGUCAUGCACCACGUCUACUCAGACAAUGUGCGCUGGCUUGUGCAAGUACCGAGACUCUUUGAUGUCUACCAUACCAAGAAGCAGCUGUCCAGCUUUCAGGAGAUGUUGGAGAACAUCUUCAUGCCCCUGUUUGAGGUCACCGUCCACCCAGGCAGCCACCCUGAGUUACACCUCUUCCUACAGCAUGUGGUGGGCUUCGACAGCGUGGAUGACGAAUCCAAGCCUGAGCAGCACAUCUUUAACCUGGACAGCCCGCUCCCAGCUCGCUGGACAGGGGAGGAAAACCCCCCCUACUCAUACUACCUCUACUAUACCUACGCCAACAUGACCGUGCUCAAUCACCUGCGCAGGCAACGUGGGUUCAACACCUUCGUGCUGCGUCCCCACUGCGGAGAGGCAGGACCGAUCCACCACCUGGUGUCUGGCUUCAUGCUGUCAGAGAACAUCUCCCACGGCCUGCUGCUGAGGAAGGCUCCCGUCCUGCAGUACCUGUACUACCUGGCCCAGGUCGGCAUCGCCAUGUCCCCCCUCAGCAACAACAGCCUGUUCCUCAGCUACCACCGCAACCCCCUCCUGGAGUACCUGUCGCGGGGCCUGCCGGUCUCCCUGUCCACAGACGACCCCCUGCAGUUCCACUUCACCAAGGAGCCUCUUAUGGAGGAGUACAGCAUCGCGGCCCAAGUGUGGAAGCUGAGCUCCUGCGACAUGUGUGAGCUGGCCAGGAACAGUGUGUUGAUGAGUGGCUUCUCCCACAAGGUGAAGAGCAACUGGCUGGGCCCAUACUUUGUGAAGGAGGGCCGCGAAGGGAACGACAUCAGACGGACCAACGUGCCUGACAUCCGCGUGGCCUACCGAUACGAGACCAUGUGUGAGGAGCUCAACCUGAUCAUUCAGGCCAUCCGCACAGACCAGCUGGAGACCAUCGAAGAAGAGGCCUGUCUGACUAUGAAGGACGACAGGAAUCACUAGAUGCUUCCAAGAAACAUCAUUACGAAUCAAGUCAAGCCCUUCUAUUUUUACAUUGGGACCAAGUCAGAAUUUGAACACAAAUCACAAAACCUUUGAAACCAGAAGUGAUGGUGAAUUAAUUAAAAAGCAGAAAUGCAUUACUAGGAGACUGUGAGUUACCAUGGCUUAGCAAUGUGAAAGGGGCCCUGUUAUGGCCUGUUUUAAGGGUCUGCACUAUCCGAAGUGUUUAACGUUCUAUUAUUGUUGUGAUUGUUGUGGUUCAAGAGUUCCUUUUGUAUUCACUGUAGUCAGUGUGUUUAUUCAUGUGGCCAUAUUCUUUUAAUUUCUCCUUC